CGGUGGCUUUGCUAUAAAGCCAGGCACUAAGCCGACGGCGCUUCAGUUCAGAACUUCAUCUACAACACGAUCGUGAAACUAUAUUCCAACAUGCUCAAGUAUCUGGUCGUUGCUCUGGCCCUGUGCGCUGUGGCCCAUGCCGAUGAGUGGAAGCCCAAGACUGGCGAGGAGAUCAAGAACAUCCGCGUGGAAUGCCUGAAGGAGAAUCCCCUGAGCAAUGACCAGAUUGCCCAGCUGAAGAACCUGGUCUUCCCCGACGAACCCGAUGUGCGGCAGUAUCUGACCUGCACGGCCACCAAGUUGGAAAUCUUCUGCAGCGAGCAGGGCUACCACGCCGACCGUCUGGCCAAGCAGUUCAAGAUGGACCUGAGCGAGGAGGAGGCCCUCCAGAUCGCCCAGAGCUGCAUCGACGACAACGCCCAGAAGAGUCCCACGGACGAGUGGGCCUUCCGCGGACACCGGUGCAUGAUGGCCAGCAAGAUUGGCGACAAGGUCAGGGCCUUCGUAAAGGCCAAGCAGGAGGAGGCCAAGAAGAGUGCCGCCGCCUAAGUCCCAAAAUAAACCCUUAAAAUAAAGUGUGUUCAUCUCUUGUGCUGGAAUGCAACCAUUCGAA